UGAGAGCCCGGAGCCCGAGGAGGGGGCGGGCAGGCCACGACCAUGUCCUCGGCCGUGGGGCCCCGCGGUGCUCGCCCACCCACCGUGCCUCCCCCCAUGCAAGAGCUGCCCGACCUGAGCCACCUGACCGAGGAGGAGAGGAACAUUAUCAUGGCAGUGAUGGACCGGCAGAAGGAAGAGGAGGAAAAAGAAGAAGCCAUGCUCAAGUGUGUUGUCAGGGACAUGGCGAAGCCUGCUGCCUGCAAAACACCAAGAAAUGCUGAAAACCAGCCCCACCAACCUUCACCGAGGUUGCAUCAACAGUUUGAAAGCUAUAAGGAACAAGUGAGAAAAAUAGGGGAAGAAGCCCGGCGUUACCAGGGCGAGCACAGAGACGAUGCUCCGACUUGUGGCAUCUGUCACAAAACAAAGUUUGCUGAUGGGUGUGGCCACCUCUGCUCCUACUGCCGCACCAAAUUCUGCGCCCGCUGUGGAGGCCGCGUGUCUCUGCGAUCGAACAACGAGGACAAAGUGGUUAUGUGGGUAUGCAAUUUAUGUCGAAAGCAACAAGAAAUCUUAACCAAAUCUGGGGCCUGGUUCUUUGGAAGUGGCCCUCAGCAGCCCAGUCAGGAUGGAACCCUAAGUGAUACAGCUACAGGUGCUGGUUCCGAGGUUCCCAGAGAAAAGAAAGCCCGGCUCCAGGAGCGAUCACGGUCUCAGACUCCCCUAAGCACCGCAGCUGCCUCCUCCCAGGACACCGCUCCUCCCAGUGCACAACCAGACAGGAGCAAGGGGGCUGAGCCCUCCCAGCAAGCCAUGGGGCCAGAACAGAAGCAGGCUGCAUCCAGGUCUAGAAGUGAACCUCCAAGAGAGAGGAAGAAGACGCCUGGGCUCUCUGAACAGAAUGGCAAAGGAGCCCCAAAGAGCGAGCGGAAACGCGUGCCAAAGACUUCAGUGCCACCUGGCGAGGGGGCCUUGGAAGACCGGGAGCGGAAAGAAAGGCGGGAAAGCCGGAGGCUGGAGAAAGGCCGGUCCCAGGACUUCUCCGACCUGCCUGGAAAGCGAGAGGAGGGCAAAGCGGCGGUCGACGAGAAGCAGAGGAGCGAGGACUCGGAGGAGGAGGGCGUGUCCACGCCGGAGUACACCAGCUGCGAGGACGUGGAGCUGGAGAGCGAGAGCGUCAGCGAGAAAGGUGACUUGGAUUAUUACUGGUUGGAUCCUGCCACGUGGCAUAGUCGGGAAACAUCACCGAUUAGUUCGCAUCCUGUAACGUGGCAACCAUCUAAAGAGGGAGACCGAUUAAUUGGACGUGUUAUUCUUAACAAGAGAACAACUAUGCCCAAAGAAUCAGGUGCAUUACUGGGUCUGAAAGUUGUUGGAGGAAAAAUGACUGACUUAGGACGCCUUGGUGCCUUCAUCACCAAAGUAAAGAAGGGUAGCCUUGCGGAUGUAGUUGGACAUUUAAGAGCAGGGGAUGAAGUUCUAGAAUGGAAUGGUAAACCCUUGCCGGGAGCUACAAAUGAAGAAGUUUACAACAUUAUUUUAGAAUCAAAAUCAGAACCUCAAGUUGAAAUUAUUGUUUCAAGGCCUAUUGGUGACAUUCCAAGGAUUCCUGAGAGCUCCCACCCUCCCUUGGAAUCCAGUUCAAGUUCUUUUGAAUCUCAGAAGAUGGAAAGGCCUUCCAUUUCUGUUAUUUCUCCAACAAGUCCUGGAGCGCUAAAAGAUGCCCCGCAAGUCUUACCAGGACAACUUUCUGUAAAAUUGUGGUAUGAUAAAGUGGGACACCAGCUGAUUGUAAAUGUUCUGCAAGCAACAGAUCUACCUUCCAGGGUAGAUGGGCGGCCCAGGAAUCCCUAUGUAAAAAUGUAUUUUCUUCCAGAUAGAAGUGAUAAAAGUAAGAGGAGGACCAAAACCGUAAAGAAAGUACUAGAACCAAAAUGGAAUCAAACUUUUGUCUAUUCACAUGUACAUCGUAGAGAUUUUAGAGAACGAAUGUUAGAAAUAACUGUGUGGGAUCAACCAAGAGUGCAAGAAGAAGAGAGCGAAUUUCUUGGAGAGAUCCUCAUAGAAUUGGAGACAGCACUUUUAGACGAUGAACCACAUUGGUAUAAACUGCAGACACAUGAUGAAUCUUCACUACCUCUGCCUCAGCCAUCACCUUUCAUGCCAAGGCGACACAUUCAUGGAGAAAGCUCCAGCAAAAAACUACAAAGAUCUCAGCGAAUCAGUGAUAGUGACAUCUCAGAUUAUGAGGUGGAUGAUGGUAUUGGAGUAGUGCCUCCAGUAGGUUAUAGGUCUAGUGCUAGAGAAAGUAAAUCUACAACAUUAACUGUGCCAGAACAGCAAAGAACAACUCAUCACCGCUCACGCUCAGUAUCUCCUCAUCGCGGCGAUGAUCAGGGAAGGCCGCGUUCACGUUUACCAAAUGUGCCAUUACAGAGGAGUUUAGAUGAAAUUCAUCCAACAAGAAGGUCACGUUCUCCAACCAGACACCAUGAUGCCUCUAGAAGUACAGUUGAUCACAGAUCCAGAGAUGUGGAUAGUCAGUAUUUAUCUGAACAAGACAGUGAGCUUCUUAUGCUGCCCAGAGCAAAACGAGGACGAAGUGCAGAAUGCCUACAUACUACCAGUGAACUGCAGCCCUCCCUUGACAGGGCUAGGAGUGCUAGUACCAACUGCUUGAGACCAGAUACUAGUUUGCAUUCACCAGAACGAGAAAGGGGUAGAUGGUCCCCCUCCCUAGAUAGGAGACGACCUCCUAGUCCCAGGAUUCAAAUCCAGCAUGCUUCUCCGGAGAAUGACAGGCACUCCAGAAAAUCUGAAAGAUCUAGCAUCCAAAAACAGACUAGGAAAGGCAUUGCUUCUGAUGCAGAAAGGGUCCUCCCACCAUGUCUUUCUAGAAGGGGAUACGCAGCCCCAAGAGCGACUGAUCAGCCAGUCCUUAGGGGAAAGCACCCCGCUCGCUCGAGGUCGAGUGAGCACGCUAGGGUCAGAACCCUGUGUUCUGCCCACCACCUUGCCCCCGGAGGGUCGGCGCCACCUUCUCCGCUUCUGACCAGGACACACAGACAAGGAAGUCCAUCCCACUCUCCUCCCGCGGACACUUCCUUCAGCAGCCGGAGGGGCAGACAGCUCCCACAAGUGCCCGUGAGAAGCGGCAGUAUAGAACAAGCAAGCUUAGUAGUGGAGGAGCGAACAAGACAGAUGAAAAUGAAAGUGCAUCGAUUUAAGCAGACAACAGGGUCUGGUUCUAGUCAAGAACUUGAUCGCGAGCAAUAUUCCAAGUAUAGCAUACAUAAAGAUCAGUACAGAAGCUGUGAGAACGUCUCUGCCAAAUCAUCAGAUAGUGAUGUCAGUGAUGUGUCCGCCAUUUCCAGAACCAGCAGUGCCUCUCGCCUCAGCAGCACAAGCUUUAUGUCAGAGCAGUCUGAGCGCCCCAGGGGUAGAAUCAGUUCAUUUACCCCUAAAAUGCAAGGCAGACGGAUGGGGACUUCAGGAAGAGCCAUCACGAAGAGCACCAGUGUGAGUGGAGAGAUGUACACACUGGAGCAUAAUGAUGGCAGCCAGUCGGACACAGCCGUGGGGACCGUAGGAGCAGGUGGGAAGAAACGGAGGUCCAGCCUGAGCGCCAAGGUGGUCGCCAUAGUGUCUCGACGGAGUAGAAGCACAUCCCAACUAAGCCAAACAGAGUCGGGCCACAAGAAGUUAAAAAGCACCAUCCAGAGAAGCACAGAAACGGGAAUGGCAGCCGAAAUGAGGAAGAUGGUAAGACAGCCAAGUCGAGAGUCUACUGACGGCAGCAUCAACAGUUACAGCUCCGAGGGAAACUUAAUAUUUCCUGGAGUGAGACUAGGAGCGGACAGUCAAUUUAGUGAUUUUCUCGAUGGGCUGGGACCAGCCCAGCUUGUUGGCCGCCAAACCCUCGCCACCCCUGCAAUGGGCGAUAUACAAAUUGGAAUGGAGGAUAAAAAGGGCCAAUUAGAAGUUGAAGUGAUUAGAGCACGAAGCCUCACGCAAAAACCUGGCUCCAAAUCUACACCUGCUCCAUAUGUCAAGGUAUAUCUUUUGGAAAAUGGGGCCUGUAUAGCCAAGAAGAAGACAAGAAUUGCACGGAAAACCCUUGAUCCUUUGUAUCAACAGUCCCUGGUGUUUGAUGAAAGCCCGCAGGGUAAAGUUCUUCAGGUGAUCGUCUGGGGAGACUAUGGAAGAAUGGACCAUAAAUGCUUUAUGGGGGUGGCCCAGAUCUUAUUGGAAGAACUUGAUCUGUCCAGUAUGGUAAUCGGAUGGUACAAAUUGUUCCCACCGUCAUCGUUGGUGGAUCCCACACUCACUCCCCUAACCCGCCGGGCUUCCCAAUCAUCUCUGGAAAGUUCAACUGGGCCUCCCUGCAUUCGAUCGUAGUGAACUCAUACUAGAGUCAUUCCAAUAAAGCUCAACCUUUCAGGAUAAUAAUCGGAACCAGAUAUUUCAUGAUCAAAAGCAUUGUUGGAGACAGACAAUCAACUUGUGCUUUGCCUGUAGUAGUUUUUCAAUAAUGUGUCCCAACUGUUGUUUCAAAUCUGGCUUCAUAUGACAGAACAAGGCAGUGUAUCAGAUUACAAUAAGAGCCAACAAGCUAGUGAGAACCACUGAUGCUUCUAAAACACAGAAAAAGAAGAAACUUCAAAUUUACACACACACACAUACACACACACGCAUGCACCCACGCAGACACACACAUAUGCCCACACGCACGCACCCCAAAUUGAACAAACUGGAAACUCUCGCUCUGUGAUAAGUUGUAUUUUACACGUUUUUACACAGACCACGAGCAGUGUUAUUUCCCUGGUGUUCGACAAGUUUUGUUCUUUCGUGUUUUGUUUCUGUGUGUGUCACUUGUUGCUUUGGGAUUUGUUUUGUUUCGUUUUUUACUGAGUUAUUUACACUGGUUCUCGGCUGUGUCAUGACAGGCCCCGUGAUGCUUACAGAGACCCUUCCUUUCUUUUUCCAAACUCGCCACAAAAAGGGCUGAAGCAGCCUCUGUAGCAUCUCCCCUGCGUGUUCCACAGCUGAACAAGGCGCGGCCCCUGAAGGGCUCCACUGGCUUUCAUGCUCUCAUUCUUCAGUCUGAUGUGUGGAAACCCAGAAAACAAAAAAAGUUACCUUCCAAAAAAAUAAUCCCCGAAUCACCAUGUUUAAUGGAGAGCACAUCUGUUCACAUUCUAAAAAUAUUACUUUCUUUUCCAUUGUUCUGCAUGGAAGACUUUUACAGAAGUCAAUCUGCAACUAAUGCUGGGAACUAAAAUUAACUGCAUAAUCGUACCUGGGAAACACUCCUUGUAAUGCCUUUUUCUUCCCGAUAUAAAAAAAAAGUAUAUGCUCAUGUGUAUAAACCACACUUUUGACUUCAAAUGGUGAUUAAAGUGGAUUUGGACCUAAGACACUGUGGGCUACGCCCGGGCUUCUCGGCCGUGCCUCAGUGCAGACACACCCGUCCACCCGGAAAGAGCAUGGUAUGAGCUGCUCAGUAUCUCACUGGAAAUUCCAGUUGAACUAUUCUGCACUAAACUAAUGUUUUUAUCGAAUUUUAGUUUACAUUUCUUUGAGAUCGAUGCAAGCACAAAGCUCAUUUUUGGGUUUUUUUUAAUGCAAAGUAUCUUACUUUUUGGGGGGAGAUAAAACAAAGUCAAAUUUCAAUGUGCAUUUUCUUCAUCUGAGUUUUUCUUGGCCUUGACUUUCCCUUGUGGCAUUCUGUGUGUGCGUUCCAUCCUGCAGACCCUGCAGGUGCAUUGACAUGUUCUCCUCCUUUUAUGAGUCAUUCAACUUUUGUGACUACACAGAUAGAGCAGCAUGACUUGGAACUGUUCAACGCUGCAUGCACAUUUUGUAAAAUAAAAUAAAAUAAUAAAAAAAAUGAAAGAGAAAAGACACAAAAGGCUAUUUAAUAAUGUAUGUUAGUUCCACAUAGGCCCGCUUGUAUGUUGCAUGUACUUGUACAUUUUGCUCGUUAAUUACUAUACUGAAAUAACCAAGAAAUCUAAGCCAUCCGUUUUUGUUAUAGGCAUUUUGCAGGUUUCUGCCAGACUCGAUCUGUGAGCCUGGGGUGAAAUGUCUAUAGAUGGACUUUAUUUUUUACCCUCUGGAAAACGUGAUGUAGUAUGGACCAAAUUCCUUCUAAUAAAUAUUUUGGUGUAGAUUCUAACUGUGGGGCUGUAACACAUGUAGACACUGUGUACACACUAGGUUUUAAUCCAUAGACAUACUGCCUGCACCAAGUGAAUUCUUUACCAUUAUUUACACACGCCAGAAUCACCUGCCCAUCAUUCCACAGGGCACAGACUGACCACUACUCACCAUGCUGAGCAGGAAGAACUGAAGCAUUGGUGCACUUCUACUAGACUCCGUUCUGUCUUAGUGGCCAACAAUCAACUAUAAUUGGGUAGUAUCUUUCUAUUUUGACCACUUGUCUUAAACACUCCCCUGUGCUUUUAAAUGAACUUCCAACUCAUGUAUGUAAACAUGUUUAAUAAAAUUUACUUUUCAUGUCUGUCGGUAGCCAUCUGUGUUCUAUGUUUUGCCCAGAUAUCCACUGUGGGUUCUAUGGUGCAAAAUGGGAGCCAGAUCAUGGGAAGGGGAGGUUGGGAUUUGUUGUCUGCUGCGGGCAUUUGACUUGACUUGUCACUGCACUAUCUAUGUCUUAAUCUAUGGCCCAAAGGGUACUUUGCAUCACGUACAAGUUUUCACUUUGUCAGCCUGUCUAAGUGAGCACAUGACUAUACUUCUGAAAAGUGGCAUUAUUAAAGAACAAUAAAUCUCAUGAAAAUAAAA